AUGCGACUUACAGUAUGCCGUCUGGCUGGUAGAUACGUCAAUGCUAUUGGGUUGGCCAAUGGACAUGGAGGGAGGUAAGGAUGAAUAUGUAUCAAGUAUUGUAUAAGCACUUUUCAUCUAAAUUAUUGUUAGAUUUGGCUAUAGUGGUAUGUAAAUAUUUACCUACGGCAACCUUUACUUAGAAAUUACAUUGUUUUAGACAUUUGGGAUGCGAGAAUAAUCUGAAUGUGCUGACUCAAUCAGACUUCAUGAACAACUCUAGAGUCGGCCUAAAGUGGCAUUCCUUGAUUGAAGAAAGCGUUACAGGAAGACAAGAUCAAGCUCUACAUGGUGUUGUACAGGUAAAUUUGAAUUAUAUUUUUUCAAAUUAUAAGUUAUUUGUUACCUAAAUAUGGCUAGUAUUAGCUUGUUGAAUACGGUACUUUAUUUGUAAUCAAUAUUCAAACUUUACACAAAUCAAAACCUGGAUUUACCUUUCAGAACAGCCGAAACCUCUGUUCAGCCGUCUCCACCGUGCUUCGUGAAGAUGACCAGAACGAGCUUCUAGUAAUUGGUGGAGAUCACAGCUGUGCCAUCGGAACCUGGAGUGGUGUGGCCUCUACCUUCCGUCCUUAUGGUGAUAUAGGCCUCAUCUGGGUCGAUGCUCAUAUGGAUGCCCAUACAAUUGAAUCUAGUCCAACGAAAAACAUCCACGGUACUCCUGUAGCACAUCUUCUGGGUUUUGGAAACGAGCUACUGAGAACGGUGGGAGAUAUAUACCCAAAGAUCAAACCACAAAACCUGUGUCUGGUCGGAAUCCGAUCGUUCGAAUCAGAGGAACAGGAGCUACUGAACAGACUCGGCAUCAGAGUCUUCUACGAUUCGGAAGUCCAACGGCGAGGUAUCGACGAAUGUAUGAACGAGGCAGUAGAAUUGGUUAGUAGGGACACACACGGCUUCGGAAUGAGCAUCGACUUGGAUGGCUUCAGAAUCAAGGACGCUCCAGCUGUGGGAACCCCUGAGCCUGGAGGAAUUGUGGCGUCUGAAUUCUUGGAUUACUUAAGAGACAAUCAACUGAACGGUCUUCUGGCUACAGAGAUUGUAGAGUUUAUGCCUCACAAAGACGACCUCUGGAAACGGUCGGAAAGGUUGGUGACCGACCUUAUUGAAGCGGUGUAUCUACCUAAAGUGUCAGCUCAGUUAGAAGAGCCUGUGAAUGAACAACGACAAAGUGCUGCGUAG